AUGUACAAACUCACUAUCUGGCCGCCACCACGGCGCCCGCUACGCCCUUUGCUACGCGCACUUUCAUCACAUUGGAAAGCGAUCUUGGUCAUUGCUUUCUUAAUGCUCCUCGAAGUCCUCUUCCACAUCCACAGCUUCACCAUAACCCGCCCUUCACGCCCCCUCGACGCCCCCUUCCACACAGGCUGCCAGAACCCCGUGGCGAAUACGACGGCGCGCGAAAAUGCCGUCCUGCUUAUGCUUUCCCGCAACUCGGAAGUCAGUGGCGCGGUAGCCAGCGUGCGCAGCACACAGAAGCAGUUCAAUGAUCACUUUGGGUACCCAUGGGUCUUUCUCAACGAUAAGCCAUGGAGCGAAGAGUUCAAAGAGAAAGUUGGUGCAGCAGUGCAAAACACAUCCGCCAUGGGGCGCGUAAGUGUGGAAUUCAGCACUAUACCAAAGGCCAUGUGGGGAUUCCCUUCGUGGAUCGAUCAAGACCGCGCAAGACGCACCAUGAAGGCCAUGCAAGAAGACGAUAUUCAAUAUGCCGCCAAAGAAGAAUACCACCACAUGUGUCGUUUUCAAUCAGGCUUCUUCUACAAACACCCCUCCCUCCUCCCUUACAAAUACUACUGGCGCGUUGAACCCUCCAUCUCCUUCACCUGCGCCAUUCCUUACGACCCCUUCUCGCACAUGCGCCGUAACAAAAAACGCUACGCCUAUACCAUCGCCCUCUGGGAACGCGGCAAGACCGUCCCCUCCCUUUUCCGCAAACUCUCAGACUACAAGACCACACGCGCGAUUCAGACGUCUCCCCUUUGGACCGCACUGCACGACCCGAGUUUUGCACCAUGGCCGCUACGCCCCGCGCUGGCAUGGCUGCGGAAUCGCAACGCGGAGGGUGAUUUGUGGAACAUGUGUCACUUUUGGUCGAAUUUCGAGAUUGGGGAUUUGGAUUUUUUUCGGGGUGAGGCGUAUACCACGUUAUUCGAUUUCUUGGAUCGCGAGGGUGGGUUUUAUUAUGAGCGGUGGGGGGAUGCGGCGGUGCAUUCGUUGGCGGUUGCCAUGUUGUUGGAGCCGGGGGAGUUGCAUUGGUUUAGUGAUUGGGGGUAUGUGCAUGGGGGGUUGCAGGUUUGUGGGGAAGAAAGGGGUGGUUGUGGGUGCGAGUGUGAUGCGCAGGCUAGAGUUGUGGAGCCGGUGUGUUUGGAGAGGAUUGGGGCGACGAUGUGGUGAGGGAAAUGAGGAAUGUGUAAGAUUUGGGAGCAGAUGUGG